GGCAGUUGGACCCGGCGGAGCUGCGGGCGCGGGAGCCCGAGUGGAGACCAGAGCCGGCCGUGGGCAGCGGUGGCGGGGAUGGCGCGGGCCGGGCCGGCGUGGCUGCUACUGCUGGCGAUCGGGGUGGUCCUGCCAGUGCGGCUGUCCUCCACAAAGGUCUCCUCGCUCAUUGAGAGGAUCUCUGACCCCAAGGACUUGAAAAAACUUCUCAGGACCCGAAAUAAUGUAUUAGUGCUUUACUCCAAAUCUGAGGCUGCAGCUGAAAGUCAUCUCAGGUUAUUGUCCACUGUGGCCCAGGCAGUGAAAGGACAAGGCACCAUCUGCUGGGUAGACUGUGGUGACACAGAGAGUAGAAAGUUAUGCAAGAAGAUGAAAGUUGACCUGAGCCCAAAGGACAAAAAGGUUGAAUUAUUCCAUUACCAGGAUGGUGCAUUUCAUACUGAAUAUAACCGAGCUGUGACAUUUAAGUCCAUAGUGGCCUUUCUGAAGGACCCCAAAGGGCCCCCACUGUGGGAGGAAGAUCCUGGAGCCAAAGAUGUUGUCCAUAUUGACAGUGAAAAGGACUUCCGACGACUUCUGAAGAAGGAAGAGAAGCCAGUCCUGAUGAUGUUUUAUGCCCCCUGGUGCAGCAUGUGCAAGAGGAUAAUGCCGCAUUUCCAGAAAGCUGCCACCCAGCUGCGAGGCCACGUUGUGCUGGCCGGGAUGAACAUCUACCCCUCGGAGUUUGAAAACAUCAAGGAGGAGUACAGCGUGCGGGGCUACCCCACCAUCUGCUACUUUGAGAAAGGGCGGUUUCUGUUCCAGUAUGACAGCUAUGGGUCCACCGCUGAGGACAUUGUGGAGUGGCUGAAGAAUCCGCAGCCGCCACAGCCCCAGGUCCCUGAGACUCCCUGGGCAGAUGAGGGCGGCUCCGUUUAUCACCUGACCGAUGAAGACUUUGACCAGUUUGUGAAGGAACACUCCUCUGUCCUCGUCAUGUUCCACGCCCCAUGGUGUGGACACUGUAAGAAAAUGAAGCCAGAGUUUGAGAGUGCAGCCGAAGUCCUCCACAGGGCAGCAGACAGCUCUGGUGUCCUUGCAGCUGUUGAUGCCACUGUCAACAAGGCCCUGGCAGAAAGAUUCCACAUCUCCGAGUUUCCUACGCUGAAGUAUUUUAAGAACGGGGAGAAAGAUGCAGUGCCCCUGCUCAGAACGAAGAAGAACUUCAUUGAGUGGAUGCAAAAUCCCGAGGCCCCCCUACCCCCAGAGCCCACCUGGGAAGAGCAGCAGACCAGCGUGUUGCACCUGAUGGGGGACAACUUCCGGGAGACGCUGAAGAAGAAGAAACACACCUUGGUCAUGUUUUAUGCCCCUUGGUGCCCACACUGUAAGAAGGUCUUUCCCCACUUCACUGCCACCGCUGACGUCUUCAAAGAUGACCGAAAGAUCUGCUGCGCUGCUGUUGACUGUGUCAAAGAUACAAACCAGGACCUAUGUCAACAGGAGGCCAUCAAGGGCUACCCCACUUUCCACUACUACCAUUACGGGAAGUUUGUAGAAAAGUAUGACAGUGAUCGGACGGAAUUGGGAUUUACCAAUUUUAUUCGAGCCCUCCGGGAGGGAGACCACGAGAGACUAGGGAAGAAGAAAGAAGAGUUGUAACUUCUGCCUCAGAGAGAAAGCUUUUCCAUUACACUGUGAAUGAUAACCUGUUUUACUGUUCUUUCUGAAUUUCCACGUGUCUGAAGACAGUUUUUUAGAGCCGCUUAUGGCCAUUUUGUACAAUUUUGAAAUAAAAUUA